UAAGAGCAUGUCAAUCACUGCCAUGACACACAGUCUGUCAUGACGAGCUGCUACUACGAGCUAGGCAUAACAGCUCAAUGUCUGGGUAUUAGAAGCAUAGGAGUGCGGCUGCUGGUGUAAUUUGACUCCUUUUGUUAGAACUUAUGAUAAGCUUCAAUCAAGGAUAAGACAGAAAACUUUAUCUUAAAAAAGGGAGUGUGUAGAUGAGUCAACAUGCCGACUGGAUCAGUGAAACUGCAAAGCAUUAAAAAACUGGGACAGGAAAACCACAGCUAUGAGUUUUCAGAUGAAGAUCCAGCUGGCUCCAAUAUGAGCACAACAACUUCCAAAGAUGAUGGGAAAGACAAGGGCAAUGCAGAGCAACCAGCGAUAAGGGUUGGCUUCUUUGAGCUGUUCCGUUUUGCCACGUGCAACGAGAUACUGAUGAUGGUGAUAGGAGCUGUGUGCGCAGUGCUGCACGGCUCGGCUGCGCCCCUCAUGCUGCUGGUGUUCGGCCUGCUCACCGACACCUUCAUCGAGUACGACAUCGAGCUCAACGAGCUGCGCGAUGACAGGAAAGAGUGUGUGAACAACACUAUCCAGUGGAAGAGGAACUACACCGCAGGCCUGAACAUGCCGCUGAACCAGUCAGAUUGGAGCGUCAUGAACAAUUCAACAUGGGAGAUGCUCAUACCACUGAAGAACAGGUCGUGUGGGAUUCUCGACAUUGAAUAUGAAAUGACCAAAUUUGCCCUCUAUUAUGUUGGAAUUGGAGCAGCUGUCUUCGUGCUGGGAUACUUUCAGAUUUCGAUGUGGGUGACGUCCGCUGCCAGGCAGAUUCGGCUCAUCAGGAAAUUGUACUUCAGCAGAGUAAUGAGGAUGGAGAUCGGCUGGUUUGACUGCACCUCUGUAGGGGAGCUCAACACCCGCAUGUCAGACGAUAUCAACAAGGUCAACGACGCCAUUGCAGAUCAAGUUUCCAUUUUCCUCCAGCGCUUCACCACCUUUGUGUGUGGUUUCUGCGUUGGCUUUGUGAAAGGAUGGAAGUUAACGCUUGUCAUUAUCUCAGCAAGUCCGCUGAUAGGUGCUGCAGCGGGUCUUAUGGCUAUGUUUGUGGCUAAGCUCACAGGGUUGGAGCUGCAAGCAUACGCCAAAGCUGGAGCUGUAGCUGACGAGGUCCUUUCCUCCGUCAGGACUGUGGCUGCUUUUGGUGGAGAGAGAAAAGAAGUACAAAGGUACGACAGAAACUUGGUCUCAGCGCAGCGCUGGGGCAUCAGGAAGGGUCUGAUCAUGGGCUUUUUCACCGGAUAUUUGUGGAUGAUCAUCUUUCUGUGCUAUGGUUUGGCCUUCUGGUAUGGCUCAGGCCUGGUGUUGGACACUGAGGAGUACUCACCAGGAACACUACUGCAGGUGUUCUUUGGUGUUUUGAUAGCGGCCAUGAAUUUGGGGCAGGCCUCUCCAUGUCUGGAGGCGUUUGCUGCAGGCCGUGGAGCUGCUACCACCAUCUUUGAGACUGUUGAGAGAGAGCCGGAGAUUGAUUGUCUAUCUGAGGCUGGAUAUAAGCUCGACAGGGUCAAAGGAGAUAUUGAGUUUCACAAUGUGACCUUCCACUAUCCCUCCAGACCUGAAGUCAAGAUUCUGGACCAGCUCAGUGUUGCAGUGAAGUCUGGGGAGACCACAGCCUUUGUUGGUCCGAGUGGAGCCGGGAAGAGUACUGCUGUUCAGCUCAUCCAGCGCUUCUAUGACCCUAAAGAGGGCAUGGUGACCCUGGACGGUCACGACAUCAGAGGACUGAACAUCCAAUGGCUGCGCUCGCUUAUUGGCAUCGUGGAGCAGGAGCCUGUGCUGUUUGCCACCACCAUUGCUGAGAAUAUACGCUAUGGUCGAGCCGGCGUCUCCAUGGAAGACAUCAUCAGCGCUGCAAAGCAGGCCAACGCCUACAGCUUCAUCAUGGACCUGCCGCAGAAAUUCGACACCUUGGUCGGGGAGGGUGGAGGUCAGAUGAGCGGCGGUCAGAAGCAACGUAUUGCUAUUGCUCGAGCGCUGGUCAGGAAUCCUCGUAUCCUGCUGCUGGACAUGGCAACCUCUGCCCUCGACAACGAGAGCGAGGCUAUAGUUCAGGAAGCUCUGGACAGUGUACGCAUGGGUCGCACCACCAUCUCCAUCGCUCACCGCCUGUCCACCAUAAAGAACGCAGAUGUGAUUGUUGGCUUUGAGCACGGCCGAGCUGUGGAGAGGGGCAAACACAAUGAGCUGCUGGAGAGGAAGGGAGUCUACUUCACUCUGGUCACCCUGCAGAGCCAAGGAGACAAGGCUCUGAACGAGAAGGCUCGGCAAAUGUCUAACAAUGAAGAAGAGCCGGAGAGGCUGAAUCUAUCCAGAGCAGGCAGCUACCGUGCCAGUUUGAGAGCCUCUAUCCGCCAGCGGUCCCGCUCUCAGCUGUCCAAUCUGAUCCCAGAGUCGUCUGUUCCCAUCGCCGGAGAGCUCGGCCCGAGAGCCUACUCUGUGUCACAGGCAGACAAAUCCAAGAAUGCUUUCCCAGAGGACGAGGAGGAACCUGUGGAGCCUGCUCCAGUUACCAGGAUCCUCAAGUACAACAUACCUGAGUGGCCUUACAUGAUUUUCGGAUCCCUCGGAGCUGCCAUAAAUGGAGGGGUCAACCCCGUCUACUCUCUACUGUUCAGUCAAAUCCUGGCGACAUUCUCAGUAGCAGAUCCUGUGGCUCAGAGGAAGGAGAUUGAUAGUAUCUGCCUGUUCUUUGUCAUGGUCGGCGUGGUCUCUUUCUUCACCCAGAUGCUGCAGGGUUACGCUUUCUCCAAGUCUGGAGAGCUGCUGACCCGCAGGUUGCGGCGGCUCGGCUUCCACGCCAUGCUGGGCCAAGAGAUCGGCUGGUUUGAUGAUCACAGGAACAGCCCCGGAGCUCUGACCACGCGUCUGGCGACUGAUGCCUCGCAAGUUCAAGGAGCAACUGGCUCACAGAUCGGCAUGAUAGUCAACUCGCUGACCAACAUCGGCGUGGCCAUCUUGAUGUCCUUCUACUUCAGCUGGAAGCUCACGAUGCUCAUCCUGUGCUUCCUGCCGUUCCUCGCCCUGUCAGGUGGCUUCCAGGCUAAGAUGCUAACAGGGUUCGCGAAGCAGGACAAGCAGGCGAUGGAGGCCGCCGGACGGAUUGCCGGCGAGGCGCUUAACAACAUCCGCACCAUCGCAGGCCUGGGGAAAGAGAGGGUGUUUGUGGAGAUGUUUGAGGCCCAGCUUGAUGCUCCGUACCAAGCGGCCCUGAAGAAGGCAAAAGUGUACGGAGCCUGUUAUGGUUUCGCUCAGUGCGUCGUCUUCUUAACCAACUCCGCCUCCUACAGGUUUGGAGGUUACUUGGUGCGACAGGAGGGGCUCCAUUUCAGUUUGGUGUUCAGAGUCAUCUCAGCCAUCAUCACCAGCGGCACAGCCCUCGGCAGAGCCUCCUCUUACACACCAGACUACGCCAAGGCCAAGAUUUCAGCUGCACGUUUCUUCCAGCUGCUGGACCGUGUGCCUCAGAUCAGCGUCUACAGCGAUAAGGGAGACAAAUGGGAUAACUUCCAAGGCAACAUUGAGUUCAUUGACUGUAAGUUCACCUACCCCACCAGGCCUGACAUCCAGGUCCUGAAUGGGCUGAAUGUGUCGGUGAAGCCCGGCCAAACGCUGGCCUUUGUGGGCAGCAGCGGCUGUGGGAAGAGCACCAGCGUGCAGCUGCUGGAGAGGUUUUAUGAUCCUGACCACGGCAGAGUGCUGAUUGAUGGCCGCGAGUCGACUCGUGUCAAUGUGCCCUUCCUGCGCUCCAAGAUUGGCAUCGUGUCCCAGGAGCCCAUCUUGUUUGACUGCAGCAUCGAAGAGAACAUCAAGUACGGCGACAACUUGCGGGAAAUCACCAUGAAUGAGGUCAUCUCCGCCGCCAAGAAAGCGCAGCUCCACGACUUUGUCAUGUCACUUCCUGAGAAAUACGACACAAACGUCGGUGCCCAGGGGUCCCAGUUGUCUCGUGGUCAGAAGCAGCGCAUCGCUAUCGCCAGGGCGAUCAUCCGUGACCCCAAGAUCCUGCUCCUGGACGAGGCCACCUCCGCCCUGGACACUGAGAGUGAGAAGACCGUGCAAGCCGCCCUGGACAAAGCCAGAGAGGGUCGGACCUGCAUCGUCAUCGCCCAUCGCCUGUCUACCAUUCAGAACUCUGACAUUAUCGCCGUCAUGUCCAGAGGCUAUUUGAUAGAGAAAGGGACGCACGACCAGCUCAUGGGCCUGAAGGGAGCCUACUACAAGCUGGUUACCACGGGAGCACCAAUCAGCUAACUGCUCGGGGAAACAGUAGCCAAUUAGCAAGGCAGCCAACAGAAACGAAUGUAAAGAGCAGUGUUAUUGCCGUACAUCGAGAGAGACCACGAUUAAAAGUAUGCCAUAACAUGAAGACAGGAAGAUACACCUAUUCACUCUUACAGUAUUUAUUAUGGGUUAGGAUCCUGUUAUGAAGAGAGGGGUCCUGCGAGUCCCACACCCUAUUUUGGGGUAUUUUAAGGUAGUUGUCUGUCUGUUAUGUUGGCAGUUUUUUAAAAAUCCUUUACCUACAGAAAUGUAUCCCACAAUUCACCAUAGCCUGCUGCACCAAUGUGCCCAUAAGCUGGCUUUACAACUAACAAUAAUCAGCAGACAUGAAGUUGAACUUAAUGCUGAAAUAUCAUAUUAUUCAUGUUCAAACACAUCACAGUUAUGGCAGAACCUCAACAGAUGUUUUUUUUUUUACUGUACUCUUACUGUAAUAUAAAAAAAUGAUUCUUGUUGGUGAGAAUUAUCAGAAUAUAUUGUAUUUAUAGUUAAUGUCAUAUAAUUUUAUCAAUGGUUUUGACAAAAUACAGGAGUUCAACAUUUCCAAAAAUGUCCCUAUUUGAUUUCUUGCCAAGAGUUAGAUGGAACGACUGCUACCACUCUCAUGUCUGCAUGCUAACGCUAGAUACAGCAGCGAUUAGCUUAGCUUUGCUUAUUGACUGAAAGCAGGUUGAAACAGCGAGCCUGGCUCUGUCAAGAGAUGAAGUUGCCCACCAGACCCUCUACAGCACAUUUUCAGUAUAGCCACGUUGUCUUUACAGCGUUUUUUUUAGGUGUUAACUUUGGAGGGGCCAAACUAGCUUGCAAGUCUUUUGGCUAAGCUAAUCUAGGAUAAGCUAAGCUAAUGACCUGCUGACUCUAGCCUUGAAAUAUGCCUUCAAAUUGGGUUGUGUUUCAGUGUUCAUGAACAGAGUCCUUAUGAAUGCCGCCCUCGAGGUAUUUACAACCUCACAAGUGGAAAUUUUCGACAAGCUCCGAGUUCAUGAGAUGUGUUUGCUGACAUUUUCAGAAAAGGCAGAGGUCAUGGAAGUUCUUUAUUUUGGUUGAUGGUGAAUUAACAAGCCCUAAGGAAGCGCACCAGGCUUUGAAGCCCAUUUUACAUAGUGGGCCAAAGUGGAACUACACUAUCUGGGUCCGUUAGAUGCUGCCAGGGGCCUGAAAAGCCUUUUUCCCAUAGAUUUACAUUGGGAAAGAGAUGCCUGUACAUCAGUGAAUACAUUUUUUGAGCAUCACAGGCCCCCCCGAAACGACUCCUUUCACAAGACUUGAUCUAUUUGGUCCGAUAACAUUUUGAAAGUCUAGAAGAGCUGCUGAGUAUUUCAUCAUUAUUCAAGUUACGGUCGGCCCCGCUUGGUAUGCUGUAAUGCUGUAUUCAGGUCUCUUGGUACAUCCAUGUAUAUAUAUAUAUAUGUACAUUGUAAUGUCAGUCAUACAAUUUCCUUCAGAAAUUGUUGAUAUUCAAAAUGGCCUCAUCUUUUUCCUCUUUCCUCUUGCUAAAUUGUUAGCUACGGUGGUUUCUAGACACUGACAAUGGCCUCCAUGUUGCCGUUGCCUGGCAGCGGUGUUCUCACAACUUAACCACUUGAAAGUGAAGGAUAUUGUGUAUACAAGGGCAGCACUAUUUAUUGUACAGAAGCAUGGGUUGUAUCUUCCAAUCUAGCUCCCAGCAAGAAAGUCAACAAGUAUAUUUCCUCAAAUGUCAGAUGAGCCUUUUAAACAUUUUAUAAGACAGAAACCAUUCAAAUCAAUACCAUGGUAUGUAUCUUAUGUAGUUUGAGCUUCUAGAUAAUUCAGUUUAAUUGCUUCCUCAGAUGUUUUUCCCAUCCGUGUUCCUGAAUGUGCUUUUGUUUUACACAGUCAUCUGAUGUAACUUAAUUCUGUGUGGAUGGUCCUAUUUUUUAUGCUUUAUGUGGAAAUUAAAUAAAACCAUCAAAGUGUCUAAACUCGA